AUUAAAUUAAAUGCUUGCUUGAUGUUGGACGGACUCAUAAGAAUACGGCCGGCUGUAGAGAAGUCAUUGCCUUGUUAGUUGCGAGAGCCAGGCAAAGGCAACCAAUGCAAAGCACAUGACAGAGCCAGGCAACCAAUGCAUCCAUCACAGAGCUCCACGUGCCUAGACAUCAAGAUUGGAUUAAAAGGAAAUUGAUUUAUCUUUUUUCAAUUCGUCAGCAGCUAGCAGUAGUGUGGUUGGCUAUUCUACUCAACCUGCUCAGCUCAGUUGCUCCUCCGCCUCGCGCUCGCGCCGCCUCCCCUUGUUGGGUGAGAACGCGCCCCGGGCACCAGACCACCACCGCCACAGCGCAUUGCACAGCACCACCCUUCUCUUCGUCCAAGACCAGCCAUGGCAUCAUCCUCGACCGUCAUGGUCACAUCUGCUGCAUCAUCGGACACCGGCGGUGCCGUAACCGACAACCUCCCUUGUUGGAUGGAGGAGGUAGAGAAGAUGAAGUCUAAGCACAACUGCGAGGAGACACUCGUGAGCAUGUGCCGCAACUACGCCAUCCAUGAGGAAGACUACAAGCCCCUCUGCGCCCAGGACGGUUGGGGGCCCUGCGCGUCGCCGCCGGAGGGAUCCAACGCCCUCUGCGUCUUCGAGAGCAUGCUCGAGGCCGGCGUACGGUUCCCUCUCCAUGAGCUGUACAACAAGAUCCUGAAGCACUUCAACCUGGCGCCGAGCCAUCUCACCCCCAACUCGUGGCGGUAUCUGGCUGGCUUCGUGUUGCUCUGCGACGGCGUCGGCGUCCGGCCCAUGUCGGCCGUGUUCCGGCACUACUUCAAGCUUUACCCCCACGGGGGUAACCAGCAGGGGUGGUACCACUUCGUGUCCUCCCAAAAGCGCCGUCUGUUCAAGCCCGACAGCAGUCUUCCCAUCAACGUUGGGUGGAAGAAUAGGUUCUUCUUCCUUGAGUCCCGGUCAGCCGAUGUGCCAUGGCGGUGCCCCAAAAAGUGGGGAAAGCCCAACACGCGAGGCAACGACGACCCAGAGCUCACGAAAGCCGCUAGGAUUGCCGAGAAAAAGAAGAGGGACAUUUCUGUCAAGGAACUCAUCUACAAGUCCCACUACCAGGACAGCUUGCCUGUUCUCCCCACGCCGCAGGCGCAACUGAAAGUGGAAGCCAGUGACGAUGGCACUGCUGCGACUGUGAGCACCCCAUUGAAGAGGAAGUAUGAAUCGAUGUCCGCCAUUACCCCUCCACAGCAAUUGGGCGCAGCCAUGGCGCCAUCGCCACCAAGCUUCGCUCCUCGGAGACCAUCUAGCACUGAUGGCGGCGGCGAUACCUCCUCCAGAAUGCAGAUGAUGCACCAGUUGCUGCAGUCUGCAGAACACCGAGACGGAGUUGUACCA